AUGCCCGUGAUCGUUGCAGUUGGCGUGCUUGACACAGGCAAGACGUUUCCUGUUGCCUUCUCGUUCUGUCCAGGCGAGAACGAUGCCUCCUAUACCUUCUUCUGGGAGAGCCUCAAGUUACACCUACCUGGGAUUGCCGCGCCUGCGGUGAUUCUAUCUGACCAGCAGCCGCCGAUUAAUCCGUCGACGACCAAAUACUUUCCGUCUACUGGCCAUCAGAUCUGUGAGUGGCACGCUGUCGAGGCAAUGGAGACCAGGUUUCGAGAUAUGGGCCAUACUACAACUGAGAUCAAAGGCGAAAAGGACCGCGCUGGAAGCCUCAUUAUUGAAGGCCCACAUCACCUCGCCUAA